CGAACGCCACCAGAACCAGCUUCCUUCCCCAUUGAACCCAAAAACAAUCCAAAGAUCACAACUUUCCUAGGAAGCAAGCAUGGAUUGCACCUCCAUCUCCACAUUCCUCCUAGUUCUCAUCACCAUCACAACAUGUCACCAAGCUCAUGCUCAAGAAGCACCACAAGCUGCACCUGGACCCUCAACUUCAACCUCCGCUUCAGCUACAGGUCCAACAAUGACCAAGCCAGAGCUCCUAGCCAAAGCAUGCGACAACACACCGCUCACAAAGGACCUCUGCAGGUCGUUCCUCGCCUCAUUCCCUGAAUCCGAGGUGAAAGAUAUCCACGCGCUGGCCAAAUUCGCGAUCAAGAUGACGUCCCUGAAUGCGAGCAAGACCCACGAUCAGAUUGAGACCAUGGAGCAUAAUCCGGCCACGGACGACGUGACCAAGCAGCGCCUAAACGAUUGCGCUGAGAACUACCAGGACGCCAUUGACCAGCUGGAGGACUCCAUGCCUGCUCUGGAUUCGAAGGUGUACGACGAUGUGAUCACGUUCAUUACCGCCGCGGUGCAGGAUGUGGAGUCGUGCGAGGAUGGGUUCAAGGAGCCUCCUGCGGUUAAGUCGCCAAUGACAGAGACCAAUCAAGUGUUCACCCAAUUGUGCAAUAUUUGCCUGUCAAUCACCAACAUGUGCGGCAAAUAGAUUUUACCCAUUUCUUUGAUGUAACUAUGUAAGGGAUGAUUGGUCUAAGCGAACAAACGAAAACGCGUCAGGGAUUCAACCCCAGAAUGGGAUUAUUGAUAGGAGAAAACAGGACAGAAUGGUUAACAAUGUCUGGCUUUAUUUGUCAAUCAAUACAAGCUUCCAAUUCAUAGUAUGAGAUUUUUAAUAAACAAGAGAAAAUUAAUUUUUCCUUGGAGGAUAGAAAGAAAGAAAGAAACCCUUUAACACAUAUGAGUGAUAGAUGAAUCCAAUUAACCUACUGAUCUAAA